UAUAACCCCCACCCCCCAUCCAAACCUCUCCGCUUCUCCUCCGCCUUGUUUGCUGUCAUGGAGUGUACCGUGUUCCCUUAAGCACAAUGUGCCCUCGGCGAGACAGGACCCGAUCGAGCAGCAGACUACAGUGUUUUACAAAACCCACUGCACUUCUGUGUUUACACUCGUCACCUCGGGACUACUUGCUGGUUUAUAUGCAUCCCGUCAAGUGGUGCAGUGGGUGUCUUUGUGGAUCUGGAAUGCAAAGCUCAGACCUCAAAUGCAACAUGACUACAGAAGACUUCUAUCACCUGCCCCUCAACAUCUAUGUCAUUCUCCUGGGCAUAGCCCUCUUCGUCUUCAUGCUCAGCCUCAUCAUCUGCUGCUACAUGUUCAGACUACGACGACAAAGCUCUAGAGAACAGUAUGGAUAUAAUCAGGUCGUUUUGAAAGAAGCAGGAAAUAAACUCGAGCUUAUUGGUCAAAUGUGCGCCGUAUGCUUGGAAGAAUUCCGCAGCCGUGAUGAACUCGGAGUGUGUCCCUGUUCCCACGCCUUCCACAAGAAGUGUCUGCUGAAGUGGUUUGAGAUCCGCAGCGUCUGCCCAAUGUGCAACAAGCCCAUCUCCCGCCUUCUGCCUGAGGCCUCAGUGCAGGGAACCCAGGCGCCCCAAGACCCCCCCGAGGUCUGAUUGGAAGGAAAACAUUUUUUUUAUUACCACACAGAUAGGCCAGUGAAUGACUAGCCGUGUUUUUUUGGUGUUCACCACAUCCUUAGGACUCCAGUGUAAUCGAGUAGGAACAGAACUCUUAUGUGCGAUGAUCCACAUAAGACAAUCAUUCAGAGGGUGCAUAUGAUGACAUGUUGAACUUUGAGGAGUUGUAAAGAGGUGUGUUCAAGUUUGAGGCGCUUGCUCGUGGAUAGAAAGUUCUUUCAAGGCAAUCUCUGUCUCGUCCCUGAAGUAACCUUUCUCUACUCCCUGGAGUCAGGAGCUGGAAUAGUGAUGAUCUGGGUGGAGAGGGUGGGGUUUGGCCCAUCGCCCUCCUUCACCCAGAGACUCAGAGACUCCAGCCAUGUGUGGGAAUGGUGUAUUCCCAAUUUACUUCCCUCCCCUCCUGAUUCUCACUCCUCUAACAUCACUGACAGGGCCCGGAGAGGGUGGCUCUGGCCAAAAGAGCCCAACCAAAGACCAAAGGAGAAGAGGAGGCCUAUAGGGAAUGUGACGUGCCAUGUUAACAAGUCCCUGCUUCUGUGGGUCUGUUGAUCAGUAGUAUGCGGCUGCUAUAGAGGAGGCCGCAAUUUAAGAACUACUUUCUUUCAAGGUAGUACUUAUAGUUUCCAAACCACUUGUAGUUGUACAGGUUUAUUCAAUAUUCUACUGAAACUGCAGCUUCCUCUGUCGCAGAAACAUACUGCUCGUGUUGGUUCUGUCUCACAAGAUGGUGCCCGGCAGUAACUAGACAUUCCCUAUACAGAUAUUUACCCAACAUUUUAACACUGAUCAUGGCUUCACAAGGAGUGAUUGGGUCUAUAUUGUGUCUGCAAUAUGUCUCGGCAUCAUUGGCCGGUUCCCUCCAAUAAGCAACAAAGAGUCACGGUUUACACUAACUAUCCCUAAAGGCAGCAUAAAGACUCAACUAGGUUACAAGGAUGGAUGUAAUGGUGUUUCAUUGGAUUGUCAUGAACUGUCAGGUGAAAACUUCUUCAAAAAACCCAACACCAGCUAUUCAAAAAAAAGAAAGACAUCAACUCCUGCUUUUGCCUCUGGGGUGAAGGCAUGUAUACAGCAAUGAGACUGAGAGUUUAGAGGACUAUUGCCUUGACUUCCAAAAAAAAACUGGGAUAGGGGUUAAAUUCUUGUUUGGCCGGUUGGUUAAUGGGAACACCUGUAAGCACUGCCACAUGUUUCACUCACUACAGGGUUUGGAAUAUAGAAGGAAAUAUAGUCAAUGAAUAUGGUUGAAUAAACAUAUAUCAUUUUAAGUUAUUUCUAGAGGUUUUGUAUCAUAAAUUGCUUUUAAUAAAGUGGGUAUUACUAAAAAUAUUUUGGCAAUUGAAUGUGAUUCAUCUGUAUACCAACCAGUGACUCUUUAUAUAAAAGGAGUCACUGGUUCGUAAUUGUAUGUUUAAAGUUGAGGUUGAAAAUCAUUGGCAAACUUGCUGAAGGAUCAUUUGCCGUAAACAAAGAUCUUGAUUGAUUCAUUUAGUUGUUGAAAGAAUGACUAGAUGGUUAGAGGGCAUUUUAAAAGCUCACACCCUAAUAAGUUCUUUGAUUUUCAAUCAAACAAUACACCUUGUAUUUGUAGAAUUGCAUGCAAUUAAAGGGUAUCGAUUUUUCA